CCAUUGAAGCUGUGGUGUAGGACGCAUUUCGAAAAAAUUCGAAAAAUUUGGUUUGUGAGCCUGUGAGGAUAAUCCGUCUUCCCGCCACUGGAAUGAUAAUUUUUAUAAUUUAUAAUUAUUUAUUGUUCCGUUUUCGUCUAGCAUGUUUUGUUAUUACGGCGUUGAUUGUUGUAUUGUAGCAUGAGUGCAUGAUUUUUAGAAAAUUGCAAUAAAUUCAUUUGUUUGUGAGCUUUUCGCUUUGAGAGUCCUGCAGUUUGCCUUGAUAUUCUAACGACUGCUGUUGGUCAUAAGUCAACACGGACUGUGAAUGAAUCCCGCGUACUAGUUACUGCUUGGCUCAUCAGCAUGAACGUAAACGUAAUGGAGCUACUUCCCCAUGUUUCACGCGCCAUCGUGCAGAUGGAGGAGCGGGGGAUGCAGGCGGAUCCACGCUACCAGCAACUGGCUAACAUUUCCAGCCAGAUGAAAGAGAGGAUCCGUCAGUCCUUCGCGCCCAUGCCUGUCUCCGCGGCGCCGUUGGCGGAAAACAGCCGUUUGUUGGAGUGGAGUGCGCAGUUUCCCAAUGCAGUGGCCCAUAACGGGACGCACUCCGCCGCCGACCAUGGAUCUCCCAAAUUGACUGACGCCCAAAAGGAGCUGCUGCAUGCGCAGGUGCUGGCCUACAAGUGUCUGGCUCGCCACCAACCGCUGCCUGAAGCGCUGCACUACUCGGUUGUCUUUGGAACGUCAUUGCAGAAAAGCGAGAAAAAAGAUGGUGCAGAACCAACAGAGAACGGUGAGUCGUCACUGACGGCAGGCAUCUUGGCUCCUGCCAAGGAAAUCUUGGCUCCGUUCCAUCCGCAGGUGGUAUCCCAGAUGCAGCAAAUGCGAGGCGACCGAGCCGCUACGCCAGUCAAAGUGGCUAACGUCGAUCCCAGUGUUAUUAUGCGUGAGCGCGAGCACAUUAUUAGCUUGCGUAUUGCCGACCGCCUUCAGGAGUUGGAGCGGGACAUUCCCGGAAAUUUGCCGGAAGAGAUGCGAAGGAAGGCCUUGAUUGAGUACAAAGCGUUGCGGUUGUUGGGGCUCCAACGGCAACUACGUCGCGAAGUUUGCGAUUCUUACCGGAAAGAUACCACCGUUCAAACCGCAUUGAACCCCGCGCAAUUUAAACGCUCCUCCAAGAAACAAAUCAUGCGCGAUUCCCGGUUGACAGAGAAAUCCGAGAACGAGAAGAAGGUAGAAGCAGAACGGAAGCAGCGUCAGAAACACCAGGAAUUUUUGUCGGCCGUAUUGGCGCACGGGAAAGACUUCCGCGAAUUCCAUAAAAAUAACCAAGCCAAGACUGUUAAAUUGAACCGCGCGGUGAUGACAUACCACGCCAACACGGAGCGCGAGCAAAAGAAGGAGCAGGAGCGCUUAGAACGGGAGCGGAUGCGCCGGCUGAUGGCGGAGGAUGAAGAAGGCUAUCGGAAGCUGAUUGAUCAGAAGAAGGACCGACGUCUGGCCUAUCUGCUGAAACAGACGGAUGAGUACGUCAACAGUCUAACCGAGAUGGUGCGGGAUCACAAGAUUACCGUGCGGAAGAAGCUGCAGAAGGAGAUGCGAGAUCGCCGUAAAGCGGAGAUGGAGGAGAUUCAACAACUGGCGGCGGAUGAUACAUCCCAGGACAGCGCCAAUGAUGAGAAUUCGCAGUCGAGCGAAGUGGAGGCCGAGCAGACGGUGCACGUAAUGGAAACGGCUACGGGGAUCAUUUUGAAGGGAGAGGAGGCGCCCAAGGCCAGUGAAUUGGAUAGCUGGCUGGAGGCGCAUCCCGGCUACGAAGUGGCGCCGCGGGAUGACGAAAGCGGCUCUGAUGAGGAGGAAGAAGUGUUGCCCAAGAAGGACGAGACGAAACCGGUCACCGAAGACGUAGAAGUAGAACAUGUGAUUCAAAGCGCUAAGGCGGAGGACGACGAAUACACCGCGGUGGCGGCACUGUCCAACCAGAACUACUACCAAAUGGCGCAUGCCAUUCGCGAGCCGAUCAGUACACAACCGGCGAUCCUAACGGGCGGUCUGCUGAAGGAGUAUCAACUGCGCGGACUGGAGUGGUUAGUGUCACUGUACAAUAACAACCUCAACGGCAUUCUGGCCGACGAGAUGGGCCUGGGCAAGACCAUCCAGACCAUCUCUUUAAUCUGCUAUCUCAUGGAGGAGAAGAAAAAUCCCGGUCCUUACCUCAUCAUUGUCCCGCUGUCCACCCUGUCUAACUGGCAGCUGGAGUUUACCAAAUGGGCGCCUUCAGUUAUCACCAUUCCAUAUAAAGGUCAGCCGGCCGCGCGGCGCAUGUACGCCCAUCAGAUCAAAACAGGCAAAUUGAAUGUGCUGCUGACCACAUACGAAUACAUCAUGAAAGACAAGGCCACUUUAUCGAAAGUCCGUUGGAAGUAUAUGAUCAUUGAUGAGGGCCAUCGUAUGAAGAAUCAUCAUUGUAAACUGACGCAGAUCUUAAACACGUAUUACACAUCGCCCCAUCGUUUGCUACUUACUGGUACACCGCUGCAAAAUAAAUUGCCAGAAUUGUGGGCACUGUUGAAUUUCCUCUUGCCGAGCAUCUUUAAAUCGGUGGCCACAUUCGAGCAGUGGUUUAAUGCGCCCUUUGCCACAACGGGGGAGAAGGUGGAACUGAACGAGGAGGAAACCAUUCUCAUUAUUCGCCGUCUGCACAAAGUGUUGCGACCUUUCCUCUUGCGGCGAUUGAAAAAGGAAGUGGAAUCGCAGUUGCCGGACAAGGUCGAAUAUCUGAUUAAAUGCGAUAUGUCGGCACUGCAGCGGAUCAUUUAUCGCCACAUGCAGAACAAGGGUGUUCUCCUUACUGAUGGAUCGGAACAUAAUAAAAAGGGAAAAGGGGGAGCUAAAACGCUGAUGAACACCAUUAUGCAGUUGCGGAAAAUGUGUAACCAUCCCUUCAUGUUCGAACACAUUGAGGAAGCCAUUGCGGAGCAUUGCAAAAAGGAUUUCCCAAACGGCAUUGUCACCGGUCCCACUCUGUACCGGGCAUCAGGAAAAUUUGAGCUGCUGGACCGCAUCCUGCCUAAGUUCAAAGCCUCUGGGCAUCGAAUCCUUAUGUUCUGUCAGAUGACCAGUUUGAUGACCAUCAUGGAGGACUAUUUCAACUGGAGGGGCUUCCGCUAUCUGCGCCUGGAUGGAACGACCAAGGCCGAUGACCGUGGCAGGUUGCUGGCAGAGUUUAAUGCUAAGGAUUCCGAUUAUUUUAUCUUUGUUCUCAGUACUCGUGCCGGCGGUCUGGGAUUGAAUUUACAGACGGCUGACACUGUGAUCAUUUUCGACUCGGACUGGAAUCCCCACCAGGACAUGCAGGCGCAGGACCGCGCCCACCGUAUCGGCCAAAAGAACGAAGUGCGUGUAUUGCGCUUGAUGACGGUGAACUCAGUGGAGGAGAAGAUUCUGGCGGCGGCCAAGUACAAACUGAACAUGGACGAAAAAGUCAUCCAGGCCGGCAUGUUUGAUCAAAAAUCCACGCUGAACGAGCGCCAGCAGUUCCUGCAGCAGAUCCUCACCCAGGAGGGUGACGGCGAUGAGGAAGAGGACGCUAUCCCCGACGAUGAGACCAUUAACCAGAUGUUGGCACGCACGGAAGAUGAGUUUGAUCUCUUCCAGCGAAUCGAUCAGGAACGGGCCCAAGAAAUUGCCGCUUCAGUGUAUGGGGGUCUGCCGAAUCUAAUGGGCGAAUCUGAGCUGCCACCGUGGAUCUUAAAGAACGACGAGGAGAUUGAACGCCUGACAGCUAAUUCCGACGAUGAUCGGGAGUUUGGGCGUGGCUCGCGGGUCCACAAGGAUGUGGACUACUCGGACGGGUUCACGGAGCGGGAGUGGUUGAAGGCGGUGGACGAGGGGACACUGGAGGAGCUGGAGGUUAAGAAGAGCGGCAAGAAGAAGCGGGGAAAGACCCCGAAAGAGGAAUCCGUAGAUGCGGAGAUGGAUGAGGCAGAGACUGGGCCGCCGGCCAAGAAACGACGGGGCACCGGAACGCCCAAAGCAGCCGUGCCUCAGCAGGUGCAACAGGACAUCCAGAAGAUCUACGACACACUGCUAAGUUAUCAGGACAUGGACGGGCGCAUCGUGGCGACAGCCUUCAUCCAGUUGCCGUCGCGUAAGGAUCUCCCGGAUUACUAUCGCGUCAUCCGUAAGCCCAUGGAUCUGCGGCGCGUGGAAAAGGCGAUGAAGGAUGGCAAAUACCAGAGCCUGGACGAUUUUGGCGCCGACGUGGCGCUCAUGUGUAAAAACGCCCAGGUUUAUAAUAUCGAGGGCUCGGAGAUUUACGACGAUAGCCUCACCAUGGAGGCACUGUACCUUGAGGCACGCGCGCAGUUGGCCGGCGGCGAGACCGACAUUUGUGUCGAACCGGGUUCCAUUGGCGGCGGCAGCAUGGGGCGCCAAAUGGUGCUGGGUGAGGAGGAUUAGCCGCUGCAUGCACUUGGUUGUUGAUUUGUAAUUUAUGUAAUAUUUGUACGUCGUGAGAACAAUCGGCGGCCGCUGUUGUUGCUGCCAUUUUGUGUUUAUGUUGUGUCUUGUAAGCGUCCAGUCCAAAUUUCGUCAAUGAACUUUUAAUCCGG